AUGUUCGCGGGGAAUGGCUCCUACGCAGGGAGGGGCUCGUGCGCGUCCGCUUCCGCCUCCUUUUCUGCCUCCGCUUCCGCUUCUUCCGCUUCCGCUUCCGCGCUCCCCGUGGUAGUGUGGCACGGGUUCUUCGACUCGUGCAGCAACGACAAGAGCGUGGGGUAUCUGCGCGCCGCGGUGCGGGGCGUGCUUCCCGACGUGUUCUUCCACUCCAUAUGCGUCAAGGAAGAGGGCGUCCGCGAUAUAAGCUCCUCCAUAUUCGGAUCGAUCGACCAACAGAUCGACGAGGUCUGCGCGUCCCUCGCAGCCAUUCCGCAACUCGCGGGGGGCUUCAACGCCAUCGGAAUCAGCCAGGGCGGGCUGCUCUUCCGCGCGUACGUGCAGCGCUGCAACUCUCCCCCCGUGCGCACGCUCAUCACGCUCGGUUCCCCGCACGCGGGCAUGGCGGCGCUUCCUUACUGCGGCCCGAGCAGGGAGAGUGAUGCGGAAAAUAAAGAGGAGCUGAACCAUGCCGGGUGCAUGCGGGGUGGGGAUGAUGAUGACGUGGCGGCGAACGCCACGUGCAGCGCCAGUGUGUCAGCGGACUGGGAAGGGGAAAGCACGUGGCAGGAGGAAGGGGAGGAAUCGGGCGGACUUAGUAGUUUAGGAGGCGUUGGCGUGUCGGCGCUAAGAGUGCUUGCAGCAAGUAGCAACGGCCUUAGCGGCUUCAGCGGCGGGUUGAGCGGACUCAGCAGCGGCUCGGGUAGUCUAAGCGGCUUCAGCGGCGGUCUUAUUAGCUUUAGCGGCGGAAUCAGCGGCGGAAGCUUCGCUGGAAGCAGCGAGAUUGCAGGGAGCGUAACAUGGGCGGUGCUUAGUGGCUUAGGGACGGCUAUAGACUUCUGUAAACUUUUAAAACCGCAUAUGCACCAAAUUUACCAGCCCUGGGUACAAAAGUUUUUCAUGCCCGCGCAGUACUUUCGGCUGUGGCGGCACAUGGAUCGGUACUUGCAGCGGAGCGCGUUUCUCGCGGAUAUCAACAACGAGCGCGGCCCGACGAGAAGGAAUGAGACGUACGCUGCUAACGUACGGAGCUUGGAGCGGUUCGUACUGGUGCGAUGGGAAGAUGAAACGAUGAUCUCGCCUCCCCAGUCAUCGUGGUUCUGGUCGCACGACCGCUUCGGGAAUCUGCUCCCGUUACAAGAGCAGCCGAUGUUUGCAGAGGAUUGGCUGGGGUUGCGGACCCUGCACGAGAAGAAAAAGCUGCACUUCACCACCAUGCCUGGCUCUCAUGGCAUCAUCAACCCCUCGCUCUUUGCCCGUGAGUUCGUUUCCAAGUAUCUCGUCCCCGAGCCAGCCAUGUCAGUUGUGUGA